CCAGGUGAAGCCAUGAGAAUCCACAGCCUCCUCCUGCUCUCCUUCCUUCUCCUGGCUGCUCAGGUGCUCUCAGAAAGGGUCAGAAAGGGAGCCAAGAAUGCCCCACACAACACAACAGAGGAGGGUGCAUCUGCCCCCUCGGGCAAGGCCCAGGAUAAGCAGAGAAGCAGGACAUCCAAAUCCAUGACCCGCGGCAAGUUCCUCACCAAAGACCACGCCACCUGCAGGUGGGCUGUGACUGAGGAGGAGCUGGGCAUCAGCCUGAAGGUCCAGUGCACUCAAGAAGAUCGAGAGUUUUCUUGUGUUUUUGCGGGUGAUCCAGCCGGCUGUCUUGAACAUGACAAAGACCAGAUCUACUGGAAGCAAAUUGCCCGCACCCUGCGCAAACAGAAGAAUAUCUGUGGGAACGCCAAGAAUGUCCUGAAGACACGAGUGUGCAGAAAGAAGUUUCCAGAGUCUAACCUCAAACUGGUAAACCCCAGUGCACCCGGGAACAUGAAGCCCAGGAAGGAGAAAGCAGAGGUCUCCCCAAGGGAACACAAUAAGGUUCAAGAAGUUUCCUCCAUGGGGCCAAACAAGGUCCAAGAGGACCUCGUGCCCAGUCCAGCUGUGACCCAGACGGUGGCCAUCAGAGAUCCGGAGUGCCUAGAGGACCCAGAUGUGCUCAACCAGAAGAAGGUCGCCCUGGAAUUCUGUGGGGAGUCUUGGCGCUCCAUCUGCACCUUCUUCCUCAACAUGUUACAGGCCUCGUCGUGCUAGUGAAGUCCGAGGGAGCAGCCUCAGACGCGAGGAGUCAGAUCCCCGGUGUCCGCUGUAAAGCUCCCGGGAGUUCCCCACAAGAUACAAACUUUCGUGUUACCAGACUACAGUGAAGUAUUUAAACAGUUUUUGUAAACUUUGUUUUAGGAUUUGCUUUUUUUGUUUUUUGUUUUUUUUUUUUUUUCACAUCCUUGGAUGUACUUUUCAGACUCUUUACCUCAGUGUGUUGGUCUAUGGACCGCCAAUCUAGGUGCAUAUAAGGAGUGGAGAAAUCCUAGUGAGGUUUCCACGCAAGGAAUUGUUAGCUGUGUU